AUGUCUAAAUACUUUUUAAAAUUUACUUUAAUUAUUUUAAUUUUAAUAAAAUUAACAAAACAACAAAGAGAAGAUACAAAAAUAAUUAAAUGGCAAGAUUCUGAAGAAUGUAGAUGGAACAAAACAAUAUUUAAUCCAAAUUUGAUGGAAUGUACAUCUUGUAAUGGAUUAACAACAUUAAAUAAUGAAGAUGAAUGUGUUUGUCAAUUGGGAACAAUUAAUAAAGGAGAUGAAAUUGAGGGGAUAUGUGAAAAAUGUGAAAAUGGCAAAGCAAUAAACAAAAACAACGAAUUUUGUGUUUAUUGUUUAAGCAUUAAUGGAACGUUAUUACAACCAGAUAACAACGGAAAAUGCCCAAAUUGUGGGAAAGAUGAAAUAUUGCAAAUAACGGGAGAGAAAAAUGGAAUCCCAACAGAACAAUGUAUUAAAUGUCCAAAAGGAACAAUAUCAGAUGGGGAAUAUUGUAUUUUGUGUAAAAAUGAUUUUGAAUGUUUUUGUAAUAAUUCUGGAAAUUCAGCUAUUUGUAGUCAAAUAACUUCAAUUGAAGCGCUUUCUACAAUUCCUUUAUUGCCUGAAAUUAUUGGGGGAACAGAAAAUUCUUAUGGAGAAAAACAAUUUAUUUCUGAGACAAUUUCCCAAAAAGUCCAAAACACAGCUUUUUUCUGUCAACAACAAAAAAGUACAAAACACUGCCAACAACUUGCAAACUUUUGUACAUUACAAGAUUAUCCUAGAAGAAUGGACGGAAACGGGGAAAAUUGUUGUGCUUUAGCAAAACAAUUAAUUCCCCAACUUUUCUAUACAAAUAUCGAAGCAUCUGCAGAAAUAUUUCGAGAGGGGGCAAUUAAUGGAAUUUUCACAUUUAGCGAAGAAAAUGAAAAAAAUACAAAAUUAGAAAUAAUUGCAAUGACAUUUAAUGAGAACGGAAAAUUUCUUGGUGAAUGGACAGUGUCUAAUGGAGAAUACCCAAUAUUACAAAUUUGUAAUUUAGAACAAAAAAGAGAAGAAGCAUUUAAAUUUGGAAGGUAUUUUCAACAAAAAUGUCAGCUUUCUUUGUUGGAUAUAUUACGUUGGAAUAAAAUUUGGGAGGAGGAAACAACACAGGAUUACAAAAAUGAGAAGUUUAUUUUUGGGACAAAAACAAUAUUUUUUGAAUUGUAUUUACGUUAUAGAAAUGAAGAAGGAAUGAUUGUGCUCACACAAAUUCCAAUACUCAACGAAGACUUAAAAGGUGACCAAUAUAUUGGCUUAUAUGGAAAUCGUUUAGGAGAUAAUAUUUUAAAAAGUAAUGCUCGUUUAUUGUUAACUAAACGUUUUUAUUUGGUUGAUAUUCAAAAAAAUAUAAAAAUAAUAAAAGAAGGAGAUAAUAAUGACCAACAACAACAACAACUACUACUAAUUCGAGUACCUAAAAGAAUUAGUUUACACAUUCAUUUUGAUCAAACUUUUGAUGGCCAUAUUUACACUCCAUAUUUACAACUCUCUCAUUUUCAAUAUUUAUUUAAAUUAGAAAAAAAUAUUUCAACCAAAAAUAAUACUCAAUUACUAUCAAAAACAAUUUUAACAACAAAAUUUAGUAUUGAAUAUCACACAGAAAGUUAUACUUAUGAUAAAUGUAUUGAAGUAAUUAUGGCUACAUUAUGCUCGUUAGCAGCUGUCUGGGCAGCAUUACAAACAUAUAGUUGGAGUCGCCGUUCAGGAAAAUUAAUUUUAAUAGAUGCUUCAACAAUAAUAAAAUUAUUAUUUUUUGGUGCUGAUUAUAUUGGAAAUAUAUUUAUUGGGGUAAUGGGUUCUGCUUGUAUUUGGUUAAUUUAUGCAUAUAAAUUACAAACAAAUAUUCAUUAUAUUCCUUUAAAUGGAAAUCAAGAAAAUUCAUUUGUUGCUUAUAUGAUUUCUGCUUUGGCAUUAAAAGGAAUUGCUUUAUUACACACAAUGUUGACGUUAAUUUUGGUAAAAACAUUUUUUAUUGACUGGGAACGUCCACGUUUAUUUUUAAAUAAUUUUGAUGAUUUUGGAAAGAAAAAAUUAUUUGAAGAAAAUAAAGGAAAUGAAAUUGAAAUUGAAAAAGAAGAACAAAAAGAAAGAGGAGAUCUAAAUAAAGUUGUUAUUUGGAGAACAUAUUUAAUUGCAAAUGAAUGGAAUGAAUUACAAUUAUAUAGAAAAACAAAUAUUGGAAUACAAUUAAUUUUAAUGCUUUUUGUAAUGGAAUAUUUAAAUUUUGGGGAAUGGGCAAAAGUUCAGCCAGGUUUUGGAAGAUGUAAGGAAUCGGAAUUGAUAAAAUUAAUUAAAAUUGGAAUUGAAAAAGGAAAGGAAAUUAUAGAAAAUAAAGAAACGGAAAUAGUAGAGUGGGAAUAUAAAAAUAGAAAUUGA